UUGCUCUUUCCGUUCUUUCGUAACGUGCAACUUGUCGCGUGUAUAUGUAGGAAAGGAUCGUUACUAAAAUCCAAUAACAUCUAAGUUAAUUCUUCAAGUUUUUAUAAAUUAUUAUAUACAAUGCCUCCCAAAUUCGAUCCUAAUGAAAUUAAAAAAGUAUAUUUGAGAUGCGUUGGUGGUGAAGUUGGAGCAACUUCAUCUCUUGCUCCAAAAAUUGGUCCACUUGGUUUGUCACCCAAAAAAGUUGGUGACGAUAUCGCCAAAGCUACCAGUGAUUGGAAGGGCUUAAAAAUUACUGUACAACUCACAAUUCAAAAUAGGCAAGCUACUAUUUCUGUAGUUCCAUCUGCUGCUUCUUUAGUUAUUAAAGCGCUCAAAGAACCACCAAGAGAUAGAAAAAGGCAGAAGAAUAUUAAGCAUAGUGGAAACUUAUCAUUCGAUGAUAUAGUUUCUAUUGCACGUGCCAUGAGACAAAGAUCAAUGUCUAGAAAACUAAGCGGCACUGUAAAAGAAAUUCUUGGCACGUGUCAGUCUGUUGGUUGUACUGUAGAAGGCAGACCUCCUCAUGAUCUUAUCGACGAUAUAAAUAAUGGAUUAUUAGAAGUUCCAGAAGAAUGAUUUAAUUUGUCAUAAGGCAUUGGAAAUAUAAAAGAUAUAAAAAUCACA